GAUCCGGCAACGAAGUGUUGUGGAGGGAAACUUUCUUUCCUCUCCCCUUGGCCGAGGCUCUGUUCUGGUUAUGGCCCUGCGCGUGCUGGCUACGCCUCGAUCUCGCCCCUGGCCUCGGUUUUGCUCGAGUAUUUCCCUUCCCCCCAACAUGCUCAACAUCCUUCGCCAACAGUAUUUCUGCUUGCGGAUCGGUUGACUUCUGAACGAGAGUUAGCGCCUGGAAUCAAUGGGAGAUCAGGUCAACCGGCUCCUCACCAGAUCUUCGAUGUUACGUGGCAACGAUCCUCCACCGGGCGUCUGAAGAAAUGUGACCUGCCCGCUCUCAGGGUUCUUGAGACAGGCCGUAAUUUCAAACCCGCAUAGCUCCCAGAGUUGAAAUGUUUUGUUAACCCAGCCUCUCUUCCUCUUUCGUCGCUGUGUGAUUCUCUCUUUUCUGGUUUGCUCUUCUUUUUGCUUUGCCAUCUUUUUGGGCAGUUGAACUUGACUGGCUGCGAAGCCUCCAUCACGGUGGCCCUUUUAUAUUUCACAGUGCAGCAGCAGAUGAGGAGCCUGUUAUGGCUCCUCGAAGUCAACCUAUUCAUAGACGCAGCCUUUUGAGGAUCCAAUUCUGGACUCUUCCUAUAAAGGACGUGGUAGAUAAUGUCCGCUCCCGUGGUUCAUUCUCCCCAUGACCCUCCCAACGAUGCUGCUGCGCACUGCCACCCGGGUUUCUGUCUUCGUUGCUCUUGCCUUCCCCCUGAGAGGGGUCUCUGCGGAUGACUUUCAAACUGAUAUCGGGACAAUCACCCCAACGGCCAGUAUGUCAAGGGACUUUGUCUGGACGAACACUUCCAGCGCACCACCGCAGGCGACCGUUGAGAUUCAGUUCGACGGCCUGGUCGGCUCCGGUGUUAUAAACUUAACCAGCAAUUACGGCUUUACAGCUGUCAAUCUGACCGCCGCCAGCACUUCUAUCACCCCCUGCGGCUCUCCAAAUCCAUUCGCAGCCAAUGUCACUUCUGGGGCGACUAUUCCUCCCCUUUCCACCCACAGCGUCUCCGUCACGAACCCUCCUUCGACGAAUGCGACAGUGGCUCCCUCUGGCAACCCGUUUACGUCGCCGUCGCCACUGUCCACCACAGACGACGGUUCUCUUGGCUCAACCCAGAGCACAAGCUUUGGUCUUCCCUCUGCCACUGUCUCGUCCGCCAACAUCAGCCUCUUCACCGGUGUUGGAGGGCGAUUGAGAGUAUCUCCAGCGACUUUGCUGAUGUGGUUGCUCAUGGGCCUGAUGCCGACUCUUUCUGUCUGGAGUGACGAUUUCUAACGGCAGAUGUAUCGACGGAUUCGUCUCCUUUCUGCGCUCCUUCUGUUGCGGGCAAAUUCAUGGGGACUUAGAUAGUUUAGGUAGUUUAUCCUAGAAUAUUAUGAAUAUAUACCUUUCAAUACGCAAAUCAGUGUGGCACCUCG